GACGGCGGCGCCAUGGCGGCCCCGCAGGGCGGCGCGGUCUUCAAGGUCCCGGGCGGCGUGGAGACGAGCCGGUCCCCGCGCGUCCCCGCCGACAUGCCCCAGUACGGGGAGGAGAACCACGUCUUCGAGAUGAUGCAGGUGCCGCGGCCAGUGCUCCCGCCCCGUCCCCGCCGGACGCUGCAGCCCGGGGGCCUGCCCAGUGCUCGCGGACGGGGCGGCCAGCCGCGGAGGAAACGCUCCCGCUGCGGGGCCCGGGGUGCGGGGCGCGGUGCCGCUGCGGGGCCCGGGGUGCAGCGCCGCCCUCGCCGCCGUCGGCCCCGCGGGGCCAGCGAGCGAGUAGGGGCGGGAGCGGCCCCGUGUGGCCCAGCUGGGCGUGGGCCGGAGCCCCCCGGGGUGACCGCGCGCCUCACGCCCCUGCCCAGACUCCGGAGUCACACGGCUGAGCCACGGGGGGCCGUCAGGGCCAGAGACGGGUGUGCCGGGCGGCAGGGCCAGGGCAGGGGCCGAGCGCAGGCUGCGGGCUGCUUUGGCCUGUCCGCUGCUCGGCCUCCCUCGGGGGACACAGCGCGGCGUGCUCGUCCCCAGCAGACACCUCGACCUGGGACUAGGGGACCCGCGGCCAGUUGCGGGUGUGGUCAGGGAGGCCCGUGGCCACGGCGACCCAAGGCGCCAGCCCGUGAUGGGAGGGAGCAGACGCAGCCGGGCGAGCCCGAGCACAGCGCGGGUCACCCGGGGAAGGCGCAUCCCGAGUCCUGGGGAAAGCGGGAGCGGCCCCCGCGCUGCUGCUCUGCGGAAGGGACACCCCCCCCCCAGCCGCCCGGCGGCACGAACACGCCCCGCCCUCGCGCUCUGCUCCGAGAAGCCGAGCCCCAGUCCGUCAAGGCUCAGUACCCCGAGUCCUGAAGAUGAGAGCACUGGGCCCUGGGCACGGCUCGGAGCCUGCGCCAGUCCCCCGGCCCGUCUCCCGUCUCUCUCUCUCUGUCUCUAUCUCUGUCUCCCUCUCUAUCUCUGUCUCUCUCUGUCUCUCUCUAUCUGUCUCUCUGUCUGUCUCUGUCUCUCUCUGUCUCUGUCUCUCUGUGUCUGUCUCUCUUUCUCUCUCUCUGUCUCUCUGUCUCUCUGUCUUUGUCUCUGUCUCUGUCUCUCUGUCUGUCUCUCUUUCUCUCUCUCUGUCUUUGUGUCUCUCUCUGUCUCUGUCUUUCUCUCUGUCUCUGUCUCUCUCUAUCUGUGUCUUUGUCUCUGUCUCUGUCUCUCUCUCUCUGUCUCUCUCUCUGUCAGUCUCUCUUUCUCUCUCUCUGUCUCUGUCUCUGUGUCUCUGUCUCUGUCUCUCUCUCCCUCUCCGUGUCUCUGCAGCUGGCCCUGGCGCUUCUCUCCGCAGUCCUUGCUGGAGCAGCUGCUGAUCCACCAGCCCCCGGAGCCCAUUCAGUUCAUGAUCCAUCACUUGGAGCUGGACAACGAUGACGUGCCGAAGAUUGUAAUAUUGGGUCCACCGGCCUCAGGGAAAACAACGAUUGGCAUGUGGCUGUGCAAGCACCUCAGGAGCACCCUCGUGACCAGGGACAGCCUGUCCCGCCGCUUCUCCUCCUUGGCCGAGUCCCACGGACACCUCCAGAGGCCACCCGGCCAGAGGCUCGAGGCCCUGAGCAGCCCGCUGCUCGUCCAGAUGCUCCGCUUACGGCUGGCCGAGGACGACUGUGUCCGGCAGGGCUGGAUUCUGGACAGCAUCCCCCAGACGAGGGAGGAGACCCUGAGGAUCCAGACGGCCGGGAUCAGCCCCCGGCAUGUCAUUGUUCUCAAUGCGCCAGAUGUGGUUCUCAUCGAGAGGAAUCUGGGCAAGAGAAUCGACCCCAGAACUGGAGAGAUCUACCACACCACCUUUGACUGGCCCUCGGACAUCGACGUCCAGAACCGGCUCGUCGUGCCCCCGGGCAUCUCGGAGCCGGAGACGGUGAAGAGGCUCCUGGAGUAUCACAGGAACAUCACCGAGGUCACCCCUGCGUACCCCAGGAUUCUGAAGGCCAUCAGCGCUGACCAGCCGUGCAUGGACGUCUUCUACCAGGCGCUGACCUACGUGCAGAGCAGCCACCGGUCCAACGCGCCCUUCACGCCGCGGGUGGUGCUGCUGGGCCCGGUGGGCAGCGGGAGGAGGCUGCAGGCCGCGCUCCUGGCCCAGAGAUACGGCCUCGUGGACGUCUGCUGUGGGCAGCUGCUCAAGGAGACCGUGGCCGCCCAGGACAACCUCGGCGAGGUCAUCCGGACCUACUUUGAGAAGGACAUGACAGUCCCUGACAAGCUCAUCAUGAAGGCGCUGGGCCCCCGGCUGGACCGGCCGGACUGCGUGCAGAGGGGCUGGGUGCUGCACGGCUUCCCCCGCGACCCCGACCAGGCGCGGCUGCUCGACGACCUCGGCCACAGGCCCAACAGGGUCUUCAUCCUCAACGUCCCGCUCGACACCAUCAUGGAGCGGCUCACCCUGAGGAGGACCGACCCCGUCACGGGAGAAAGGUACCACCUCCUGCACAAGCCGCCGCCCACCAUGGAGGCCCAGCAGCGGCUCCUGCAGAACCCGCAGGACGCCGAGGAGCGGGUCAAGGCCAAGCUGGACCAGUACUACAGGAACUCGGCCGAGCUGGAGGCGUGCUACCCCGGGGCCAUCACGCUCAACGGCGACCAGGACCCCUACACGGUCUUCGAGUACAUCGAGAGUGGGGUCAUCAACCCGCUGCCCAAGAAGGUCCACUGAGGGGCUCGGGGCAGGGGCCCCCUCCCAGACACCCCCCACCCCGACAUUCUGGAACUCUGCCACGCCAAUAAAGCACGCUGGCAUGAGCCAGCGAGGCCACGUGUCCAGUUGGGAGACUCGGGCAGUUGGGACUGGG